AUGUCGAACCGGCCGAUCUGCGGCACCGACACGCCAGACCCGUGGAUCGUCGCGGCCCACGGCAAAUUCUACCUCACCUUCACUUUGGGCAAUCGCGUCGAGAUCUGGCAGUCACCACACCUCGAGGAUUUCCGCGACUGCCAGAAGAGUGCCAUAUGGCAACCACCACCCGGCUCGCCCUGGUCCGCCGAUGUUUGUAAGCAUCUCAUCAAGGCUCAUCGCCUUUUCUUCUCUUACGACAGCACGGACGUUGUUAUUGAACAGGCUCCAGGGGCUCCCGAGCUUCAUCACCUCAAUGGAGUAUGGUACAUAUACACAUGCGCUGCCCCUCCAGGCGUGGGCAAUCCAGGGCAUCGCACUGUGCUCCUGAAAUCGUCUAAGCCCGACCCUAUGGAUCCCAGCGGCUGGCAGUUCCUUGGCCCGCUCAAGGGAAUGCCCAAUCACUGGUCGAUUGACGCAACGGUCUUCUCGGUCGAUGGACAUGACCUGUACUGCUGCUGGUCCGGUUGGCCGCUCGGGGACAACAGCGACACGCAGCAGGACCUCUUCCUCAUCAAGAUGGCGUCGCCGGAGGAGGCCAUAGCCGACACGCUCGUCUGCAUCUCCAAAGCAGACCAGCCCUGGGAGCGGCCGGAUGACGGAAGGCGAGGCGUGAAUGAAGGACCGACGUGGGUUAACUUCGCAGGGUUCCGAGGCAUCGUCUACUCGGCCCACGGGAGCUGGACCAGCGACUACAAGUUGGCAUUGUUGGCACUGGUCGGACAAGACCCUCUACGCCCCGAGAGCUGGACAAAGAGACAGGCGCCGCUCUUGGUCAGCGACCGACGUCGAGGCGGUCCAUUCGGGCCUGGCCAUGCUAGCUUCUUACCAAGUCCCUACAAUGACGGACGGAUUUUCUGUGUUUAUCACGGAACUGAGAAGGAAGGAGAGGGCUGGAACAACAGAAAGGCUCGGAUUAUGAACCUUGGUCCGGAGUGUUUUGCGCCGAAUGCCUCGCCCAUCUGCUGCGCCUAUCAGGGCGGGUUUCCGGGUGUUGGUCCUGUCGGUGGCAACACCCGCAACAAGGUGGAGGACACGAUUGGCAAGAUUGUGGACAAAGCACCCACGCAGGUAAGAGGGCAGCUGCAGGGGAUUUUCGGGAAGGCGAAGAAGUUCUUCUAG